AAAUGCAUGAAUUCGUAUUAGUAGCCUGGUACGCAUUUGAUAAAAAUUAUAUUUAUAUAAUUAGGUCAGUUAUUUUUGAUCAAGUAUUUAUUAAGCUAUAAAAAUUGGUGUUGAGUUCAAAUGUUAAUAAACAAGAUUUAAACUAAGUGAAUUAGCUUGUAGGUACAUCACGUAAGUAUGUAAACUGCAAAGCUUUUGGUCUAUUAACCAACCCGGGCCUUUAUCAGUGCAAUAUGAAUGUGAGCUAUUGCACUGAUGAAUUUAGGACCGAAAGCUUUGCAGUAUUAAAUACUUACGUGGUGUACCUACAAGCUAAAUUACUUAUUGAUGUCACCAUGCAAACAUACAAGAAUAUUAUUAAGAUUUAAACAAUCAACCAUCAGAAAUCUAGUUCACUGCUCUGCCUGGUUGAACUAUCAAACCUACAGAGAUUCAUGGAGAGUUUUUAUCUUUUAUAAGAACAUCAGAUUUAAACUUUCAACCUUCAACCAUCUUGUCAUCAAAUAAAAACUUUGUGAAAGAAUUUGUUGACAAAGAUUACUAGUAAACGACAAUUGUUGAUCUCGUGACUCGGGAAUCUGGUAAAGUGUAAACGUGGCAACCAGUGGAACUAUCAAACCUACAGUGAUUGGUAGCGAGGCUAAUAUUGACACUGACAGACCAGGCAACUUAAACCACACAAAGAUAAUCAAAUUAGACUUACCAAAGCCGAUGAAUUAUGACAGAUUUAAACUUAAAUAUUCUGGUCUUAACACGACCAACGAUAUUGUUUAAAAUGUCGUAAUAAUAUUUAUUGUAUUCAAGACAUCGCGUGAUAUAAUAUCAGACUUUAAAGAUCUUUAUAAAGACCUAACUGCAUGGUGUGCUUGAACAAUAACAUUUUUACCUUCAUGCUGUGAAAAUUGUUUUUACCUGAGACAUUUGUAUUUAUUGCUGCUGUUCCAAGUAUCAACAUGAGAUUCCCAGUAUAAUUUCGUCGUUAUUUCACACGAGUACACAAGAUUUGUCAGAAUUGGGCUGAGUUUAAAGCCCAUGAAACAAAAUUUAUUUUCAUUUUGAGAGAUGCGUUUGUAUUUGCAUUUUGAUUUGCUACGAAUGCAUGUUGUGCUUUUGUUUCGAGUGGUACGCGACUGGAUCAUUGUAAUUCAAAAUUUUAAUUUGCUAAUAAUCCUUCGGCAUAGUUAGUAUUGUCAAAAUCGAAGUCAAGUUUGACAAAUAUGAUGUGCUUAUAAAACACAACUCAAUAAAACAGCUCCUUCAAUUAUUUGGUAAUCUCAAAUUGACUAUCAUUGAAAUCCAAAUGCGUCAAAUUAUCUUCACAGCAUGAUAGUAUAUAAGAAUGUUAUCCAACGAAGCAGGUUAUAAAUGAAGACUCUUUAUGACAACGUUCAAAGCCUGAUGUCGUUAACACAAUAAACAUUACGACGACGUAUCAAGGUGUUGUUUUAAAUACAAAAUACUGUUGACGACGUUACACCUAUCUGUUGCAGAAUGUUUAAGUAAAAAUUUGUCAUCAUUCAUCAGCUUUGCCUUUGGUAAGUCUAAUUUGAUUUCCUCUGUGUGUUUUUUAUAAGCUGCAUAGUCUGUCACUGUCAAUAUCAGCAUCGGCCUAAAAAUAAAUAAUGCAUUGAUUCAAAAGUUAUGUCAUAGUUUGCACUUUACGGACAAAAUUAACUGGUCACCAUGCAAAUCAACACUUUGUUGAAAUCAAAUCGAAUGAUUGAUUGACUGAUUUAAAUCAAAUAGCCUAAUUUUUCUAACUUUAAAUCUAAGAUCAAACUGUUCGGUUGAUUAGCUUUGAAUCGGUUAAACGUUUCAAUGUUUUCAAUUCAUGAAAUCGUUCACCAUCAAUCUCUGUAUAUAGGUUGAUAAUUCAACAGGUAGAGUACUGGAUUAGAUUUCUGAAGAUUGAUAGUUUAAAUCUUGUGUUUUUAUCAAUGAUAAUAACUCUCAAUCAAUUAUAUGUGUAUAGAGAUUUAUGCACAGCAGAAUGAUGAAACAGAAAUCGUAUUUCACUGUGGAAAUUUAUUUCAUGCAAUUUGAUUGGACUUACGAUGUUUUUCAUGGUCAAUCUUAUAACGUUUCAGGUGCAUUGUUAGUUUUGCCCAAAGAUGGGGAUUUUGAUCCAUCUUAACAGCUUCAAGAAUAUUGUGCUGUCUUCGCAUUUAUUUCACGACAGAGGUUCACAGUAAUACGAGAUGUUGCAUCAAGAUAUAGAGCAUUUAGAUAGCGAUUUUGUCGCUAUGAAAAUUGCUGGUGAGUUUGUUUAUAUUCUAAGCGAUAUCGUGUGUAAAGUUAGCAGCAUCAGUGGACUUCAUCUGCUAUUUAGCCAAUGCAAUUUUUGUCCAGUUGUCUGAUUUCAACGGUUAAUUGUAGUUCUGACAUGCAAUUGUCAUUUAUGGAUGCCCAUAAAGGAAAACUUAGAAAGUAUUGUGUAACAAAUUCUCCUUGUUUUGAAAUCUUCUUAGCAAUAUGAAAUAUUAAAUUACAAUAACACAAGAAAAAGAAGAAUGAUAUUUUUAGUAAAUACAAAUGCUGACGCGUCCAAAUGGAAUGCUGCAAUUUUCUCACAGCAUGAUGCUCAUAAAAAAUGAAAGUGAAGUACCAAUGGAGCGAGGUCAUGAUCCAAAUCGCUUCAUUUUACAAGUUAAACGAGAUUUGCUAUGCUUUAUUUGCCACCGUGUGUUGAAAGAGCCGAGAAUAUGUGAGGCAGGAGAACAUCACUUUUGUUCCAUUUGUAUAACACAACACCUUGCUAAACAGUCUCAAACAUGCCCAGAAUGUAAGAAACCCCUCACAUUGGAAACUUUGCAACUUCCCCAAAAGUUUUUAAUAAACAUCUUGUCGGAACUAAGAAUCAGGUGUGAUUACAACGAUCGAGGGUGUCCCGAACACGUUCAGCUUGGAAAUCUUGAAGAUCACGUGAUUGGUUGUGAAUACCGUCCAACAAUGGUUGCCGAAAAGUAUAGCUCGCUAGUGAGUGGCAAAGACCAGCAGAAUUUCCGUCAGAUGAAAGAUGAAGAAUUUUCUAAGGGAGCUGAGAAAAAUGAAUUCAGCAAGAGACAAAAUGAAAUGAGAGAAACUAAAAUUGAAACUGAGAGGAAACCAGAGGAAAUUGUUGAUCUGGAUGAAGUCCUGUGUCAAAGUCUUGAUACUGUGAAGAGGUCGAGACCUUUCGCUGAAACGGGGGAUAAGGUGACAAAAAAACAUGAUGAUAUGCAGGAAGAAUUAAAAAUAAUGAAGACAAAUGUCAACAAACUGACACCGUCUCAAGCUGAGCUGAAUAUUCAGCACCUUCAAAUAACAAGAAAACAAUAUCAAAUCGAAGCGAGACAAGAUCAAAUCGAAGCGAGACAAGAUGAGACGAAGAAAGCUCUUGACGAGAUAAAACAAACCCAAUCAGGAAUUCACAAGAGAGUAAAGAAAAUGGAGGGUAGUUUUGAGGUUAUAAAGCAGCAGUUGGAAAGACUUGAAGGAUUAUUGGGUCAUCUAUUCAAAGAAAAUAUUGUCAACAGAGAUGGUGCUCAAGCUACAGAUCCCACAAUUCCAACUAAUAACCAAGACGUUAUUAUUGUUGGUGGUUGGUAUGACCAUGGGGAAGCACCUCCUUUGAAAACUGUUGAAAAAUAUAAUAUUGUUGAGAAGAGGUCGACUAUGCUGCCACCAUUGAAUCAUCUUCGAACAGCAUCAGCAUCGUGUGUUUACAAUAAUGACAUUCUGGUCGUUGGUGGUUACGAUGGUAAAGAAGGGACUGACAAGAUCGAAGUUUUGAAGAUGAACCAACAUCCUUUGCGAUGGACAAUGUUUGGUGGUAAACUGCCUGUCAAAUUAGCUGAUCAUGACGUCAUUGUUUAUUCAGGAAAAUUUUAUAUAAUAGGAGGACAUGACUGGAAUGAAAGAGAAAUAUCGAAUGCCAUUUAUGAAAUUGCUCUUACCCCACCUUAUACUGCCAAGCUGCUGACGAGAAUGCCUGAGCCAAGAACAUUUCACAGGGCAGAAUUUGUUAAUGGAAAAAUAUUUAUCUUGGGCGGAAAAACAACCCACCUUAGUAAAGAUGCUUUUGACAGCGUUGUUUUAUACGAUUUGAUUAAGAAUGAGCUCAAGCCAUGUACAUCGUUACCUCAGCCUGUUUGUCAUAUGUCCACAGUCACUUGGGGUGAUAAGAUCAUUGUUCUUGGUGGUGAGAAUAAGAAUGCUCAGGCAUUAAAUGACGUCAUCAUGUAUGACACUGAGACGGGGCAAAUUGAGCCACUGCCCUCCAUGAUUUACAAAAGGAGCGGCAGCUCAGCUGUCAUCAUGAACGACGUCAUUGUCGUGUUUGGUGGAAGAAAUAAUGAGCAGGGAUAUCUCAACUCAGUGGAAACCUUCACCAUUGGUGGAGAUGGCUGGAAAGAACUGCCAGGAAUGAUAGAAAAAAGAUGUUGGGCAACUGCUGUUGUAAAACCUCACAUCUGAAAGUUUUCACAAUAUAAACUUCUUAUUGUGUCCUUGCAUGAAUAUGAUAAUAUUUUGUGUCGUGAUGGUCAAUCAUUGUUUCGUCGCUUUCUUGAUAUAUGAGCAACCAGGGGCAGGUUGUAUGAAAGCCGGAUAGCGCUAUCCACCGGAUAGUGUUUCAAAGUCGCUUUAAAGUCACCCGUUGUUGGGUAUAUCUUUGAUUAAAUCUUAGUAUUCUUAAAUCGAGGAUCCUCUUCAAUAAUUGUUGGUUCCAAACUGAAAU